AUGGGGAGCUCUAAUAAGAAGAGACAACAGGGAGAAGAUGAGGGAUCCUCCAGGAGCCUUUCUCUGCAGGAGAUCUUGAGUCUCCUGACAAGAGGGGGAAAAUUUACUAGGAUGUUCCGAGGAUGGAAGCUUUGUUCAUUGGUCCAUGACAAGCCAAUCCUCUAUGGCCUUCCAGACGACCCCAAGUCCCGUCUCCGCCGCUCCAACUCCCUCUACCUCAGCGCUUACGACGACUUCCCCAAGCUCAUCAGUAAAUCUGCCAAGCUCACCAACCUACAUUCCCCAUCCAGCUCUAUAUCAGCAAAACUCUCCGCUUCCAACCUCCACCAGCAAGGUCAAAGGUCGGCCUUAAAAGUCAGGUCGUGUCAUGCAGCCGAGACAGAGAACGCGGCUUCGCUCCGCAAGCCAUUCCAGCUGCGGGGGCCGAUGCGUCCGUCGAGUUCUGGGACGGUUUCGGAUCGCAAGGAGGAUGUUGUUCGGUCUGUAUCUUUAAGCGAGCAACGCGCCGUCAUGGAUGAUCUGAAUGAUCUCAUGCAAACAAAGGAUUCAAGUAACUAUACAGCUAAUUACAAAGGUGGGUAUACCUAUCGUAAACUACAUGAUCAGCGCCCUCGUUCCAGCUCUACCCAUGCAGUCACUGCUACGCCCGCUUCAACUGCUGUCACCAAGGUGACAAACAGAUGCUCCUCUUCUUCCCCCCUGUCCCACCCCUUGGCAAAGGCUAGUCUUGGACGCAUUGAAAUAUUACCUGUAGGUGCUGCCCAGAAAUCAGGGAAUACGCCCACCAGCAGGUCGACGCCCACCAUCCCAAAGGCCACACCCACUACCACAAGGUCUACGCCCACUUCUAACAGCAUCACUAAAGCCAGGGAGAAGUGUAACCAUGGUGGCCAGUCCGAAUAUGGCGUAAAGGACCAGGAUUUUGAUCAGAAAAUUGUAAGCCUGUCAAUUAAAUAA